AGUCGCAAAGACUGUCCCGCAAGCGUGCUGCCGGCAGCGGGCCCGGUUAUGUCAGCUGCGUCAGUGUAGUCCGCGGGCCGUUAGCGUGCGCUUCGCGGCUCUCGCGUCGGAGUUCGCGAAACGCGGCUCGGUGUGUUCUCCGCUUUCCGUUUCCUCGCGUCUUGCUUCCGCGCCGUGACAUUUUGCCGUCGCCCGAGGGGUGAAUGCGUGUGCGCGUUGUCCUACAUAUCCGCAGAGAAACUUCGCAAAGUGAACCGACUGCCUUCAGGAGAGUGCCUACUGAAUCACAGUGACAGCUGAAUGAGGAUUUUUCUUCCUUUCCCCACCAAUGUAGCCAUUUAAGGAAUGAGACUAAGCGUUUGACGACAUUUCGUUGCGAAAUGCGACGGCAGGAGGUAACUACUACCGUGUAAUGCGGACGUGAGUGAAAACGGUUUAUUUGGAGCGAGAUGCGUCUAUUGACGCUCUUAUUCCUUGCUAAGCCUGGGAACAUCUGUGGUCAUUGUGUGUGUUGUCAAAGCGCUGUUGUAACGUUCACACGGAAGUGAAUUCGUAAGUGCUAGCGUAACUGUGAGGAUCGUUGUGGAUGGUGAACAAAUCCUGUCAUUGUCGUUCCAAUCUGAACUGAAAUUUACGGAUUCUCGUCAACUAUAUGUGUGAUCUCGAUGUUCUGAAUGAGAAUAUCUCCCUUGUGUUAUGUACCACGCGGUACUGACGGAAAUGCUUCAUGGCUCUGUGUGAAAGAGAACGAAGAAAACUUGACAGUCAAUUAUUUGUGAACACCUGACGAUCGACAGCGGUACGUUCAACUUUAAAAACCUCGUUACCUUCGAGAUAUUUAAUUUGCCCUUCGAUCUCGUGAAAGUCAUCAGUCCGUAGUGAAUAUUGCCCUUUUACAAUAAAAAACAGUUCAUCGUUCUGCACCUAACUGAAGGCGUUAAUAUGAAACCAUUUCUUACUAUUUAUGGCUGAAACAAGUAACGUAGGGAGUGCGCUGUUAUUUAGUUUCAAAUAAAAAUAUCGCCGUCAACAAUUCUACGAAACGCUUUAACUAGUGAUGUAAAACCGCGUACAGUAAAUAUAUCUUUCUGGCCUUUAAUCGCUCUUUAUUUGCUACUGUUUCAUCCAACUAAUUCCUGAAAUGAAAGGUUUGGAUCUGACGCUCAGAAAAUAAGAUUAUUUUCGUAGUAAAUCGACUGCAGAAUAAUUAACACAUCACUAUUACAGCGCGAAUAAGUAUGUUGCGCGUCAAACAGUUUCAAAUAUGCUCGAAGUGAAAACUGUUUAAACUAUUCGUAGGCAAAUUUUUAACCCCUGUUUCUUCCUUAUCUGUCGCGUUGACAAUUUUCGUGUGAGCGCAGUAAAAGAGAUUAACGUUGUUUUUCAUGCUCUAAUCACUCGUUCGAAUAUCUUAUUUGCUUUACACUUUGAAUAAGCCGUAGCAAUUACGUAGAAGUGGAACUGAACAUGGAUUCUGCUUAAAUUUUUGAUGUUAUUAAUGCGUGCGAAAAUGUCGUAUUCGGCACAUCGUAGACAAGUGACUUGGAAGAAAAGUGAGUUUUCAGAAUAAAUUGUUUGACGAAACCGUUACUACACCGAUACUUUUUCGGUGAGGUUCGGUGUGUGAGUGCUCCGCGCAUGUUUGAUUACGUCACACUCGCGGAAACACCCUGAGGAAUUCUGCUGCCCGCUGAUGUUUAUACGUGUGGCCAACGGCUCGCCGUGUGUAACACCUGUGUUGUCGUACCUCCUGGAUACACUCGCAGAAGGGGACGACGAACGAGCUGAAGGCCAAGGGAAAGAAGAAGGAAACAACGGAGCAACAACGACUACUUCCCUCUUGGUGCCGACGGCUGAUGGAGUGUGUCUCCGGCUUCUGGACGCGCCUCGUGGAGGAGGAGGCUGCGGCUGCGGCAUCCGGGUGGGCGGUCGGGGGCGGCAUGCCUGGGGGCGGCGCGGGCAUGCAGCCACUGGCCAAGCUGCGGCGUUCGGCGGGAGCCGCCUCUGGGGCUGAAGACGACGCCGUACGGCAGCAGCAGCCAGUGCGGGAUUUGGCGGCCGUGAGCUGCGCCCCGUGCGAAUCGGCAGACGAGACAUCGCGACGACAUAGACUGGCGAUCCCGCCCAGGACGUCCAGGCGGCAGCCGUCGCCCCCUCGCGCUGAAAGGGCUGCCAGGGACAGACUCUCAGAGGCCGAAAAUCCACGGGUGAACCAGCCAGGCAGCUCCAAGCAGCAGAAGAAUAAAGGUGCGAAGACGAAGACUUCUGGCAUGCAGAGAGCUGCGACUGCUGCUACUGGUAGAAGCGUCGCCUCAGCGUCCAGUGUCGUGCAUCAGGACCCUCAGAGUUCCUUGUCUUUGGCUGCAGAUACGACACCCGUGACAAACUCAGACGUGUGGAGCCAACACAACAACAAGCCCACAGAAAUGCUAGGAUAUGAAUAUACAGACAUGCCAGCAUCCAUUUCCAAUGAGGAGGGGUCAUUACAGAGGUUGAGAGGUUCCCCAUACAUCAGACGGAAGGCAGUUGGAGGCAUCAGUAAUCAACAAACAAGAAGUUAUGAGUACUUGGUGCCUGGGCUUAAUAGGUGGCAUGAAACUGAUGGUGAACCACUUUCUUACAUCAACCAAAAGGUGAAUCACUUCCCAUAUGGGACCUUGCGGCGAGAUGAACGUGAAACUACAGUCAGUGCCCCUGAUGUGAACAUACCAGUAUCUUCUGGAAGGUACGAGCAGUGGAAUAUGAUAGGAUUGACUGGGAAGUGUUCAUCAUAUGGGCCAAGGCCUCCAGUCGUGGUUCAUAAACCAGCUAUUGGUGGCAGUAGAGAUGGCCUGUCUUAUGUGUGUCACAACGAAUUUUGGAAGAAUGCUUUCCCUGGCGUUGCCAUGAAGCUUGUUGCAAGUGCACCAGAUGUCAGCUUGAAAGAGCCCGUCAGAGCACCAGCAUGGAACACCCUGCAAUCUCUAGCCACGAUUGGCAAUGCUCCAGAGAAGACAGCCAGUUCUCCUGACGUGCACAGACCUACGCCGGUAGCGAACGGAUGGAUCGCUUCCUCACCAAGAGGUUACCCUCCGAGGAUGUUGGGCAGUGCACCAGACAUAAACCUGGCUAGAGUGCACAGUACUGGAAAGAAACUGAAUGAGUCUGCAGCUGGUGCAAACCAGAACACUGGAUACAAGGAACCUGGUGUGGCAACCUGCAGAGGCCAUGAGAAAAACUUGCAGCUAAUGCAGAAGCAAGAGUUUCCACUGGAUGUGCUUCACCAGAAGUGUGGGAACAGCGCGCCCGAUGUACGUAUUGCUACUGCAUCUCCCUGGGUGGAGAGGUCAGCGAAAUACGACUCCCAUCCAUCACUCUGUACUCAUGACGACCAGUCGCUGUACAAAAGACCUGAAUGUUCUCUCUGCUUCAGCCAUCAUGCACCUGUUGGUGAAUUUCAACGCCAUAUUGCGAAUCAUCACGCAGUUCACCAUCACCAUGCGCUACCACGUCCGCAACAAGUGGAUGAAGCCACCCACUGUCACUGCAACAAUUUGUCUUGGCGAUCGCACGCCACGAGGUGUCACUAUUAUCAGCACAACGACGUAUUCACUACAGAUUUUGGAACCACUACUCACGGGCAUCACAGUACGACACAUUAUUCCCACGUCACUACCGUCCAUGGUGGGACGCCUUCCAGGAUGGGUGACAACUACCGUUACGAUGUUAACUGCGGUACAUGCCGCCCGCAUUUUAAUCACGAACAUGAUCCUCAUCGUAGCCAUUACCAACACCACCAUGACCACUGUCAUCACGAACACAAGCACAAAUGUUUGCCGCACCACCACAGCCACGUGGAUGUCCGUUACAAGCACGGCUGCCCGAACCUCCACACGCAUUUGCCGCAGGAACAUCAUCGCAGUAUUACGGAGUCUUCCCAACAAGUCUGCCUCUGCUACGAACGGGGAGCUCACAAUCACUUACAGCGAAGCCGGCAGAUGUGUUGCACUUCGCCAGAUUUUCGAGAAGCGCCACAUGCAGAUUGCCACUGUUGCCGCCAUGAUGCGAGAAACCGUUACGCUUCGCGGGACGGCGGCUUGUCGAACGAGGUGCGGUCUGCGAUGGUAGACGAUUGCUGCAAUUCUGGAAUGCGUGCAGUAUCAGCAGUGCCGUUUGACAGCGGUGAGAGCUGUGAAGUGAUGGGUUCGCCGGUGCCACACAUUAGCGAGUGGGGGAAAUGCGAGCAACGGGACGCUGCGUCCUGCUUGGGGAUGCCGCCGCCAGGAGCGCUGCGGUCGGCCGACGCGCGCGCAGCCGCGCUGCCUGGCGGCCGCGCAGAGAAGCUCGAGGCCACGCCCCCCGCCAGCACGCGGACCCUCUCCAGGGGCCGGCGCAGCGGCGCUGGGACGACGGUCUUCCAGUUCCAGCAGCAACAGGGGGCUGCGCACCCCGGCGCCGCCCGGGCCAUGCUCACCGGCUCCAGGGACGGCUGGAGCGCGCUCGCGCCUGGAGAAGCCUCGGACGAGGGGUGUUGCUCGCUGUCGCCGCGCGUCGCGACGCCGGGGGCCGCAGACGCUGAGGAGCCGCCCCCCGCCCAGUCCGCCCCCGGGGGCGGAUGGUCGUGGACGCAGGCGCAGCCGGGGCCGGUCCCCGGUUCGGUGCCCGAGCGCGCCGCACGCUGCCUCAGCUGCGCAGACUCGGCGCUGGGUCUGGACGACGAGACCACUGCUAUUGAGCUUUCGGCACCAGUGGAAGCACGCACUCAUCCACCACUUGCCCUCCAGCACAUCCCAAACCAGACAGCUGCCAGACACCAUCAGCAGACGUCACUGUGCGACCUGGGAUUCGACAAAAAGGAAGCGAGGCAUCUCUGGAAUGAGGACACCGAAGUUCCCAUUUCACCUCCCCCUGAUGACGGGCGUUACGACAGUGGACUUGGCCCCGACGAUGUCUCGACAGCCUGUUUCAACCGUCAGCAUUCCCUGUCAUCCUGGCCUGCUACCGUAGACAGUUUCAAGAAACCGACUGUCGCUAGACUGGACAGCGGUGUCAGCAUCGAAGAGGGGCAGGAACGCGAAGUCGUGAAAGUGACGCGAGGUGUCGGGUUGCUGAGGCUCACAGGGCUGACAGAGGUUAGUGAUGGCAGUGGCCUACAGACGAAAGACUGGUUUGGUGAAGAGAAAACUCUCGUAUUGUCUGAAGAUGAGAAAACAGCUCGAGAUGAACGUGUGGCGAUUCGUGCCAAUAUUCACGAGCACGUGACUGGUGACGAAAGACGGCAGUGGUAUUCUCUUUCGAGAGUUAGCGAGCAGAAGGAGACAGAAGUAUUGGGCAGUACUAGGAGAGCAUCUGAGGCGCCAGAAAUUGUAGACAGAGACGAGAUUUUCCGUUCCGUCGGGUCGCACAGCAGCGGAUCGGACCGCGGCAAGAACUUGGAAGUCUGCAGCAAGUGGUGCGAGACUGGCAAGGUCACUUCGGCGAGCACUGAGGACUUGUGUGCAGAGAUCAGGAGGAACCACGCCUCGGAGUGGGAGGUCGCCAGAGACGAGCCGGCGGACCUACCGAGCGACCGGGACUGGCCCGAAUCUAGGAAAGCCUCUUCGGUAACCGGCGAAGACGAUCGGGAGUGUUCCUGGCAGGGUCGCCAAGGAGAUAUUGUUGCGGCCACCCCCUGGGCCGACGACUUCGGCAGCGACGCUAGGUCGAAACGAUGGAGUUCCUGGAAUACUGGGGAGAUGUUCGGUGAGCAGGUGGACGAAGAGCUGGAGAGGCAGCGUCCAGAGAUUGGGACUCCCGGGGGUCUGUACCUGCCCGGGCGCCCAGGUAUGAAGUUCGACCCGGAGCGGGAUACCGUGCUGCACCACGGCGACCACGAGGACCUCGCAGGGGAGUCCGAAGACUGCGUCGUGGAACUGAGGCGGCAGUCGACGCAGAGCUUCGACGACGGCGAGGAGGGCCCGCCGGGGCAGGCGCGCUACUGGAGGACGCCCUCGGUGGUGGUGAGCGACUACUCGGACGACGUGCCGUACUGCGGGCCGCCGGGGGAGGGCGGGGGCGACGCGGGGGCGGACGACGGCGACCAGCUGAGCGAGUGCGGCAGCUCGUGCAGCGGGCUGUCCGCCGCCGACACGGACGUCGACGGGGGCCUGCUGACGCCCGAGCGGAAGGCCUCCGACUGCUCGACUUGCUCCACGCUCAGCGGCGACGACGACGCCAGCGUGGAGGCGCUGCUGCAGCCGGUGCGGACACGACCAAAGGUGAGUCUGCCUGAUGGUGAGGGAGUACCCCUGGAAUAUGCAUUGGUAAGCAUAAAAAAACACUGAAAGUAGUCUGACAACUUCCAAUCGUUACAGUGAUAAAGUGCUCUGCAAGUGACGUGUAGUACUCGCAAAUACAGUCCUUUUUAUUUUAGGCAUGGCUGUGAUUUUGAGCAACGAAUUAGUUUGCCAUUUUCAGGAGCCUAAAAUUAAAUUUAUGUAAUAAAUACAAAACCAACACAGUGAACCGAGUUUUCUGGACCUGAAACUAGUUUCGUAGAUGGUAAAAUUAACUUUGAUAUUUACAUGAAACCCACCACAACAGAUAACGUCAUUCAUGUCUCUUCUCGUCACCGCUUUGAGCAUAAACUGGAAAUAUUUCACGCUAUGAUCGACCAUACCACCGAGGUACCCUUAUACUAUUCUGCUUUUGCUGCAGAAUUCAAAAACUUGAAGUACUGUCUAAAACGGAUAUUAAAGAAAAAAGUUACAAUAAUAAAA